CGCUGGCUGCUCGGCAGGAAGAAAGAGCUGCUGUGUUGAGGCCGAAACUCAGACAUAACCGGAACGUGGACGACAGUGAAAUAGCUUCGCAGUCGGGACUGCACUCUGCACCGGACACUCCGAGCGGCACGUUUUCAGCAGCAGAAGCUCGGAGGGGGCUCCCCGGUCCUCUGCGCUUGUCAGCAGAGGCCGCCUCGGUUCUGUCCGUCCCUUCGGACUGUGUGUCGCUGCCUGCUGGACACUCUAAUCCCACACCUCCGAGGAUAACAGUUGGGCUCCUUGUGUGGCGCCACAAAUCUUCCACUGCUUUAAGUCUGCAUUUUCAAAUCCGUCCGGACCAGAACAUCACCGAGCAGCCGCCGCUGUUGAUAGCCGGGGCUGACAUCUGAGCUCCUAUCCCUCCAAACUCUUCAGCGGAUGAUCAAGAUUCGAAGAGCACUGCCAUGACCGACCCUUAAAACACUCCUCUUCUCCGUCAGAUGGAUUUAGUUGAUCAGGAGCCACCGUCCUGGAGCCUCCCCGCAUCAGUGCCAUGAAUCAGCCUGGACAACAGCUGCUACCCACAUAGAGGUUACUUUACCUCUUUUUCCCCUAUUUGCUUCGGUCCAGAGGAUGCUGGGAAUGUGUCGCGGGCGUAGGAAGUUCUUGGCGGCCACCCUCGCCUUACUGUUUAUCCCAGCUCUAACCUGGCUUUACCUGUCCGUCGGCAGCUUUCAAGUGAAGCCGCUCCCUCUGUCCCCACUGGAAACCCAGUCAUCCACACCAGGAGGAGGUGCUGGUGAGCGGCAGGCUUUGGAGCUGCGUGUGCGGGCAGUGGAAGAAGAAAACCGGGCACUGCGCCGGGAGCUGAGCCGGCCACCAAAGAGCCCCUCGGCACGCCUUCCGAGCGGCGGUCACCGUGGCAACCAAAGCCGAACCCAUUCAGAGGAGGGCACGGGCGACAACGAGGGCCAGAAAGCUGCAGCGGUUGGAAACAGCUCAGAUUGUGUACAGCAGCCGGUGGUAGACAAGUGCGAGACCAUACAUGUCGCCAUCGUAUGUGCAGGUUACAACGCCAGUCGAGAUGUGGUCACAUUGGUCAAGUCCGUCCUUUUCCACAGGCGGAACCCCCUACAUUUCCAUUUCAUCACAGACUCCAUUGCUCAGCAAAUCCUCUCUUCACUUUUCCACACCUGGAUGGUUCCUGCCGUUCGGGUCGACUUCUAUGACGCAGACGAAUUGAAGUCUGAGGUGUCAUGGAUACCCAACAAACACUACUCGGGAAUCUAUGGCCUCAUGAAACUCGUCCUCACCAAGACCUUGCCGUCCAACCUUCAAAGAGUCAUCGUCCUGGACACGGACAUCACAUUCGCCACAGACAUCGCAGAACUCUGGGCUGUUUUCCACAAGUUCAAAGGUCAGCAGGUUCUGGGUCUGGUGGAGAACCAAAGCGACUGGUACCUCGGGAACCUGUGGAAGAAUCAUCGACCGUGGCCUGCACUGGGUCGAGGCUUCAACACUGGGGUGAUUCUGCUUCUCCUGGACCGACUGCGAAAACUCAGAUGGGAGCAGAUGUGGCGCCUGACUGCUGAGAGAGAAUUAAUGGCCAUGCUGUCCACCUCUCUGGCUGACCAGGAUAUCUUCAAUGCAGUGAUCAAACAAAAUCCCUUCUUGGUUCACCAGCUGCCCUGCUUCUGGAACGUCCAGCUGUCUGACCACACCCGAUCUGAGAAGUGUUACAAAGAUGUGUCGGACCUCAAGGUCAUCCACUGGAACUCUCCGAAAAAACUUCGGGUGAAGAACAAGCAUGUGGAGUUUUUCAGAAACCUCUACCUGACCUUCCUGGAGUACGACGGCAACUUGCUACGACGAGAGCUGUUUGGAUGCCCCAGCGAGGCCGACCACAACAGCGAGAAUCUCCAAAAGACUCUCUCGGAGCUGGACGAAGACGAUCCUUGCUACGAGUUCCGCCGUGAGCGCUUCACCGUCCACAGAACGCACCUGUACUUCCUCCACUACGAGUACCAGCCCAGUUCCGACAACAGCGACGUCACCCUGGUGGCCCAGCUCUCCAUGGACAGGCUCCAGAUGCUGGAGGCCAUCUGCAAACACUGGGAAGGUCCCAUCAGCUUGGCCCUCUACUUGUCGGACGCAGAGGCCCAGCAGUUCCUGCGCUAUGCUCAGGGCUCCGAAGUGCUCAUGAGCCGCGGGAACGUGGGCUACCACAUCGUGUACAAGGAGGGACAGUUCUACCCGGUGAACCUGCUGAGGAACGUGGCCAUGCGGCAGGUCAACACCCCGUACAUGUUCCUGUCCGACAUCGACUUUCUGCCAAUGUACGGCCUCUAUGAGUACCUCAGGAAGUCGGUGGUGCAGCUGGACAUGGCCAACACUAAAAAGGCUCUGGUGGUCCCGGCAUUUGAGACUCUGCGUUACCGUCUGUCCUACCCCAAAUCUAAAGCAGAGCUGCUGUCCCAGCUGGACAUGGGGACGCUCUUCACCUUCAGGUACCACGUGUGGACCAAAGGUCACGCGCCCACUAACUUUGCCAAAUGGCGGACGGCCACCACGCCGUACAGGGUGCAGUGGGAGGCCGACUUUGAGCCGUAUGUGAUGGUGAGGAGAGACUGUCCCGAGUACGACCGGCGCUUCGUGGGCUUUGGCUGGAACAAGGUGGCCCACAUCAUGGAGCUGGACGCGCAGGAGUACGAGUUUGUGGUUCUUCCCAACGCAUACAUGAUCCACAUGCCUCACGCGCCGAGCUUUGACAUCACAAAGUUCCGCUCCAACAAGCAGUACCGCGUCUGCCUGAAGACCCUGAAGGAGGAGUUCCAGCAGAACAUGUCACGGCGCUACGGCUUUGCGGCGCUCAAAUACAUGACGGCUGAGAACAACAGCUAACCAGCGAUUUUUGCUCGGACGCUUGCACAGACCCGCUGCGGGGGCGCCAUGAGGAACACUGAAAGACUUCUGAGAACCCUGGACUCACUCAAGGUCAUUCUUGGUUCUCCGAACUCGAGCACCUCGCCAUAUUGUUCAGAAGCAGCGGAGGCGUAUGUCUUUGUGUGUCUGAGUGAAUGUACCUGAGGAGAGUGAAGCUUGGUGGGGAUUAAGUGCCAUGGCCAGACAAACCAAGAGGCUCACUUGACAGCCCCGCUGAGGACCCCAAAAUCAAAUCAUGAAGAGUCGGCCAGUCAGGACGCCAUGGUGAACACAUCCACAGAGUUUUCAAAAGUCUCUUCUGGAGAAGCGACAGCUCUCAGAUCUGCCGAGUCACGGUAGUGCGACAGCAGAAGGGAGCGCUCGGUCGUCCAGUCGUGAUAUUCAGGGUUUCUUCUCAUCGGGACGACCACAGAGGCUUUGUUUUGUUUGGUUCAGACCGCAGCUUGACAGGCAGGUUGUUUGAAGAGACACAACUGACUUCAGUUUUCAAUGCAGCUAUCAGUUUUAUUAUUUAUCAGCGUCUGCAAAUGCGGACCACAAGAUCUCUUCCCUAUGUGGUCUCUGGCUUCACAGCAGGUUGAUGACGGUGCAGGUCUUGAGGCAGCUUUCACACCAGCCCUGGUUCAGUCAAUCAAACACCUUUUCAACUCACUCUCGUUUUUACCCGACUUGUUUUAUGUUUAGUCGUAUUUUUAUUCUAUUUUUAAACACAGUAACAAAUUGUUGAAAGAUUGUUUUAGACAAAAGAAAAAGUUUGCUGUUGUGCUGCCAGUUUUUUUUUAAGUUGUCAUGUGUUAACACAUCAUAAAGAGGUGGAAAGAUUUUUUUGCGUUUUUCAUCGUCUCUUCUGUGCUGUGGCGCUAUGAAUCUUACAACGUCAAGUAUUUUUUAGCAUCAAAGUCUAUCGUCUUUUCUCCCACCAUAGCUACACUCUUAUGACUGCUGGCUUGCCCACCUCCUGUUCAGUUUUAGCAAUAUAACAUGUCAAAAUCCAUUCAUGAAACUGAUCAUUAGUAGUAGAAGAAAAGACCUCUCUAUGUCCAAUAGCAGCCAACCUUAAUAAAAAAUUUCUUCAUAAUUACAGGAUGUUUUGCGGGUUCAGAAAAGAUUCAAUGGACAUGUUUUCAUAUUUAUCCUGUGUUUGCUGUUGAAAUAGCUUAUUUACCGAGUUUAAACCGUGGCUCAUUGAUGAUUGUAACAAUCAAAAUCAUAAAAUAAGAAAUCAAAACGAUCAUUAUUUUUGAGAGAAAAGCUGCUUUCAAGACCGCAGGUGUGGAUUAAGUGUGAAACUAGAGGCCGCUCUCCAUCCCUCCGUCUUUAUCUUGGUCUGUCCAUCUCUUUGUUCCUGCAAAACGACUCGGCCCAGUGACAGAUUGUACUUCUAUGUUCGUGUGUGUGUGUGUGUGUGUGUGUGUGUGUGUGGAUACGUGUGUCUGCUGUGGAAGAGUGUGUAAGUAGGACAGUGCUGAUUGAUGCUGCUACCCUGAAUAAAAGCAAAGACUUGAA